AUGCCACCAGCACAUGCCCCCCCACUACCACCACCGCCACGGCCCCGCAAACCCAAACCCAAACCCAAACCCAAACCCCGCACAAAAACGCCCGUUCCUCCACCGCUAACCCCCGUGGAGCGUGCGGCGGCAGAAGCACAACUAGCAACCCGACGCCUCGCCAGCCAAUCCCGCCUCAAGGACGCCUGGGAGAGCAUAUUCGAGCGCUACUCGCAGGACUUUGACGGCGUGGCGGACGAGAUUGAUACGUUGACUGGCGAGGUGGUUGUUGAUAAUGGGCAUCUGAGAAGUUUGCGGGGUGGUGAUGAUGGCGGAGAUGGUGGCGGAGAAGGGUUUGAUUGGGAGGGGAUUGUGAAUUUGAAGGCUGGUCAGGAAGAGGAGGGGGAAUGGAUUGAUGAGGAAUGUUCAGAGUGCAAAGAUAGGGAUGAACUUGAUGAUAGUUUUUGCCGGAGCUGCGGUGGUGGUGGUGGGAGAGGGGGGAUUUUUUCUACGCCGCUUGGUGCUAGUAUUGUCACGCCAGCGAAGAUACCGCGAUCGAGCCCUCCUGAAAUAGCGCCUCUACCUCACCCGCUGCCGAGGGUGAGGGCUGCGGAUCCGAAAGAUUGGCUCGUCGAAGAUGUCUCGGAGUGGAUGUGUGCGCUGAUUGACUUUUCACGGGAUGAGGUGGUGGACUUGCGCAAGCGGGUGGCGGGUGGUGGGGUUACGGGAGAGUAUUUGCUCGGAAGGUUGAGGUUUGAUGACUUGAAAGAGACUGUAAACUUCUCCCCUCUUUGUUUCUGAUGUCUUUUGAGCUUGGAAGGCUGACAGGUGAAUGGAUGGGGUAGUUGGGCAUCACUUCGUUUAGUAAGCGGAUGGAGUUAUGGAAUGAGAUGCUAAAGUUGAGGGGGAGGGGGGUUGCUUCUGGCGGUGGAAUUACAGAGUCGUCGCCUUGUUUACCGAUGCCCGUGCCUGUUGUGGAUUCGUUAGAAGGGGAUAUCGACGCUGACACACCGACGCACACUGGGCGGGGAAAGCCACCGGAGAAAGUGGUGAAGGGGAAGAAGGUCAUGGUCAUUGGCUUGGAAAGUCCUAGGAUGGCAUCUGUAGGGACAUUUGAUACACCGAAGCAGAACUGGAGGGGCAAUGGUGAGGGGGCGAGCCCGGGAUCGGGGUCUUUGGGUCGUACACCGGAUACUAUCAGUACGGCUAUUGCGGCCGCUACACCAACGCGGAGCAUCAAGAAUCAAGGCAAUGCCAGGAAGCUGCCAUCACCUACUACCAGUAUCGCGGACACUCAAAGACCGGCGGCGAAGCAGCAGCAACGGCCAACGACUGAAAGGCAGGAAUCACCGGAUAUCAUCAGCUUCAGCACCCCGGCGCCCGCCACUGCCGCUGUCAUGAAAGCACCUAAGCAAAAGCUAAAACCAGAACUAAAACUAAACGCUACCACCCCAUCAAUACCUGGCGUUGCUAAACCCCCCUUCCCGCAGGGCCCCCCAACGUCAAAUACAAACCCUUGGGCCCCCCACCCCCCGCUUCAGACCCCUUCUACUCCCCGAUCUGGAAUGGCGAACAUCCGGACGGCACACCUGCUAAAUUCCCCAGCUCAGCAAUGCACUUACCUCUCCCACCCAAACCCAAGCCCGCGCCUACCACCGCCACCGCCAAAAAUGAAGCCAAGAAAAAAGGGCGUUCGGCACCCACUACCCCUAACACUACGGCCAAAACCACUAUUCCGCCCAUUCCUGCCAGCACGAUAGCAAAGCCAAAGCCAUUCUUGACACUGGCACCGCCGAAACGAAAGCGUAGCUCGUCGACCGCUGGCACUGCCAUUGGCUGGACCACCGAUGCCAAGAAACGGCAAAGGUUAUCCGGGAGGAGCUUUUUAAAGUUUGGCGGUGGAGAGGACGAUGACGAACUCAGUAGCGAUGGAAGAAGUCCUGUCGAGAGGGGUGGUCUGAGCCAAAGGAAGGGGAUUAUUGUUGGUAGUGAAAGCGCGGGAGCGGUAGAGGCAGAGAAGGUACAUAAAUGCUGCGGGCGUGGCUUUUGUUUUGGCUGUCUGGAUUUGGAGGGGGAGGAGGAUGACUUGGUUUAG